AUGAGACGGCCGAAUAUGCAACCAUAUUCGAAAUAUGAUGUUACAUCAUUAGAUAAAAGCUUAAAUUCAAUGUGUAUUAUGUUAGAAAGGGUGAAUAUUCGUGAGUCUAAAAGUAUUGAUUUAACAAUUGGUUUUCUAUUGAAAUCAUUAUUAACUGUGAUGAAAUUAACCGGUUUAUACUAUGAAUAUUCAUCAAAAGCAGAUAAACGAAAAAAGAAUCGAUUACAUCUUGUCUAUUGUCUAUUUAUUUGCUUUUUAUCAUGGUUCAACACAUUAAAAUUUAUAUCCGUAUUUCUGUUAACUAAUUACAACUAUAAAAUUGAACAACGUUUACCAUCGUUGAUGAUAACAAUUGUUUCUCAGUUAUGGUUACUGCUUUGUUCUUGUACACAAACAACCUUCAUUAUUAGUUCAUAUCAAAAGAAUAAAUUUUAUACAAUUAUGUUUGAUUAUAAAUUUUGUAAACGUAUUAAAUGUCAAUCGGGCAUAUCAAAAUACUUUAAAUCUGGAAUAUAUUGGGUAGUUACACUAUGUUUAAUUACUAUCCUAACUAAUACAUUCGGAUUUUGUCUUGCCUAUUUUGGUCCAUCUGAAUAUAUGAAAACAUUUCAAAUGUUCUUAGCACCCCUUCAUCAAAAACCGACGAUCAUAAGCAAUAUACCUUAUAAAUUAUUUAUUUGUUUAUUACAGUUUUAUGCAUCAGCAGCCUGGGUUUUACCGCCAACUUUAUUUUCCAUUCUAUGUCUAAUUGGAUUCAGUGAAUUUCAAAACUUCAAUGAAUAUAUUAAACAAGAAGUUGAACUAUCAAAUGCUCAACAACGAGUUGAAUAUUGGCGUCAGUCUCAUAAUAAAAUAAUAAAACUUGUUCAUACGUUGGAUUCAACGUUUCAAAUCUACGUUAGUCUCGCUCUAAGUAUCAAUAUUAUUAUGGCAUUUCUCAUGUUGUAUAUAAUAGCGACGAUGUGGACACAGCGAAUAGAUUUAGGAACAUUACUCAGUGUGAUGGUCGUUUUUUGGGCAUUCGCCAGUAUGUUUUAUGUUUUUGUCGUAGCGAUCACAGCUGGACUAUUAAACUCAGUUACUCGAGGAUCUUUAACUUAUUUACAUCAAUUACCGGCCACUGGAUGUUCGAUUGAUUUCAAUACACAACAGCUAAAUUUAAUUUAA